ACUCAGUCUCCCACAGAGCUUUGCGGCGGUCCUAAGGAAGGACCCGGAUCACUGCCAGUUUCCAGGGCUCGCGUCGGCUCCUCCGGUCUCCAUAAGAUGACGUCACUGGGCGCUCACGUCAUCAGCGGUGCGCCUGUGGGGCCAGCUCCCGGGGGCGGGGCUGCCGGGUCCGCGGCUGGCGGAGGCCCAGCUGCUGUCCGCGGUUGGGGCUCUCAGCGGUGCUAGCGCUCCACACUUCUAGUGAGCGCCAGAUGCAAGGAGUUAGGGAAAAACCUGGCGUAGAUAAAGAGCUCAAUGCUGCUUGAGGGCGUGCAAACGUGCAGUGCCAGCAACUGUGGGGUUGUGAGAAAUGGAUUUCUCUACUCCAGAUUGAAAUUCCCUCCCUCUAACUGACCCAGCGUUGAACCACGCGCUCCUUUGUGCCACCAAGUUGCCAACCUCCAAAGACCGCAAGCUUCUGAAUUCAGCCCCUGGACGUAAAGACGCAGUGCUUCCCAUGCGGGAGGGCUUCAGCCCCCGUGUCCGCCAUGCCCAGGGCAUCGGCUCCUCACUGCCGGGUGUGAGGCUCACUUGCAGAAGCAAAGGCCUUGUCCAGAUUCCUUGAUGUCAAGUGUCUUACACGUCGCUCAAGCCAAACAGUUGCAAACAGGAGUAUCACCGGCCUCCAGCUGUCCUCCUUCUAGAAAUAUUAGCGUGCAAAGGAGGCACGUUUCCAACUGUGAGGGAGGAGCUCCUGUGCGAAGACCAGUCUGCAUCUCUGCCUCGUCCCGGGGAGGUGACCAGAGGGAGCAAGCUUGGGGCUCAGUGUCGGCAACCACUGAGGCUCUCAGGCCUCGCAGGUAUUUGAACGCUGGGGGAUAUUUCCGUUGAUCCUCAGUGAAAUAUAAAGCUUGUCUAAGGGAGUUGCAGCGCUUGCUCUCAUCUUUUUUCCAGAACACACUGUCCCUUAACGCUUAGUUCUCCACCUACGCGAUCACCGUUUACCCUGCAGGGGGAGGGACGCAUUCCCUUUGUUGAAUGAAAGUGAAAGGCCGAAGGCAGUGUGAAAAUCUUGACAAGGAAACGAGCGGCCUCGAGGCCCAGUGUCCACCUGCGCUAAGCCACGCUCCCUCCAUGUGACCCCGUUCUGUGUGCGCUCCCCGUUCCCUUCCAUCAGCCGAGUGACGCUUCCACAGGACGCUGACCACGCGCCUCCGGCGCGCACCAGGAACCCCAUUUCUGGAAGGGCACACUAAGCCCAUCAAGAAAACAGGGAAGUCUUUGGAAGGCCGGAGCAAACUGCUUACGUGCUAUCAUUGUCAGGUGAGGGCGACAGUGCAGGACAGAGCCUCGUCCAGAAGAAGCUCCAGCGCAACCACCUACCGCCUGAGCGCUACUCCCGCCCACCGCAGUCCACCUCCUCGGGGAGGCGGGGCUUGCAGCAACAGCCAAUCAGGGACGAGGGGCGGCUGCGCGAUUGUCCAAUCAGGAGCACCGAGGUGGGCGGGCACUUCCCGGGUCCAGCUCCGCGUCCAGGUGACAUUGCGGAGUGGCCUCUUUUCUGCAACUUUCAGCGACUCCCGCCGGCCGCGCGCUGCGAAGGACUCCGGGGGGACGCCCGCGAUGGAGGCGGUGACCUUCGAGGACGUGGCUGUGAACUUCUCCCGGGAGGAGUGGGCGCUGCUGGAUCCGCCCCAGAGGAAGCUCUACGGAGACGUGAUGUGGGAGACCCUGAGGCACCUGGCCGCCGUAGGAAGGAACUCAGAAGACCGACAGAUUGAAGAUGAGUGCAGAAAUUCCAGGAACUGUCUCAGAAGUGAAGAGGUAGAGAAAUCCUAUCAAUAUAAAUUAUGGUGUCAACAUGCAGAAUUGGCUUCUCAGACUCCAGAUCCAAAUGUGCACAUGACAGUUGUUGGUCUAAAACCAGGUGAAAGCCUUUCCUCUGGAAGGCUCCUGGAUGGUCAUUCAUUAGCACAAGGACCCAUCGUGGCUAAAAAUAUACGUCAACCACAUGAGCAGCAGGGAUUUCAAGAGAAGCUGUCUGCCUGUAACAAACAUGGCAAAGCUUGCACACAAAUUCCAUCUUUUCAGAGACAUGCAGAGACUGGUCCUGGGGAGAAACUCCAUGAAUAUAUUCCAUGUGGAAAAUCAUAUUCCGAUUACACUGAAGAAAGUACCAUUGAAGAAAAUCCAUUUGCAUAUAAGAAAGAUAUGAAAUCAUUCAUUACACCCAGCUAUGUUCAAAUUGGGGAAAGAAGUCACAGUGCACUGAUUACAUAUAUCUGCAUACCAUGUGGAAAAGGUUUUAAUUCUGACAUUGACAUUCAGACUCACGAAAAGGCUCACUGUGGAGAAAAACCCUAUGUAGGUAAACACUUUGGAAAAUCUGUGACUAACAAUUCAUUGGAUAAUCAUGAAAAAAUUCACAUUGAAGAGAAACCCUAUGUAUGUAAGCAGUGUGGGAAAGCUUUCAGGAGAAAAGAUAAUUUGCGAAUGCAUGAGCGGAUUCACAGCGGGGUGAAACCUUAUGUAUGCAAGCAAUGUGGGAAAGCUUUCAGCAGAAAAGAUAAUUGGCAAAUGCAUGAAUGGACUCACACUGGAGAGAAACCCUAUGUAUGUAAGCAGUGUGGAAAAGCUUUCAGCAGAAAAGAUAAUUGGCGAAUGCAUGAAUGGACUCACACUGGAGAGAAACCCUAUGUAUGUAAGCAGUGUGGGAAAGCUUUCAGCAAAAGUGUAGUUGUCAAAUUCAUGAAAGAGUUCACACUGGAGAGAAACCUUAUAUAUGUAAGCAUUGUGAGAAAGCUUUCAGCACUCAUGAUAGUUGUCGAAUACAUGAAAGAAGUCACACAGGAGAGAAACCCUAUGUAUGCAAGCAGUGUGGGAAAGCUUUCAGCAAAAGUAGUACUUGUCGAAUUCAUGAAAGAAUUCACACUGGAGAGAAACCCUAUGUAUGUAAGGAAUGUGGCAAAGCUUUCAGUACCCUAGAUCGUUGUCGAAUUCAUGAAAGAAUUCACACUGGGGAGAAACCCUAUAUAUGUAAGCAAUGUGGAAAAGCUUUUAGCACAAAUAGAUAUU